UUGACGCAGCGCAGUAAUGGAAGCCUUCGUCUUAACCCGGAGGAGACAAUCGGUUUAGAGACUCAGCUUAAAAACAGGGGCAAAUAUCAGUCAAUGGCGUUAUAAACCAACCGCACUUAUACUCAACAAUCCUGCUCUCCACUUCUUCUCUCUGCUGUUGUGUUUCUAAACCACCUAUCGAGUCUGUGUCGGUGUGUUUUCGGCCUUGUUUAUAGUGUAGCAGCAGCAGCAGCAGGAGGAGGAGGAGGUGCAGCAGGAGGAGGUGCAAGCAGGAGGCCUCAGCUCAACUCUUAACUAACUCACCAAAGAAUAUGACCCAGAUGCAACAAUGACAUCCAGAUUUGGUAAAACCUACAGCCGCAAGGGAGGAGAGGGCACGUCCAAGUUUGACGAAGUUCUGUCCACCAAGCGAGGCACGCUCAGCACCAAAUGGGGCGACACCAAGUACAAAGCCAAGGUGGGAUCCAAGCGCGCCGGCGCUCCCAAGAACGACUCCGUCCUGGAGGUUUAUAAGCGGCCGCGUCCGAGCGGCGACGGCUUCGAGGAUCCGUUCGGGUUCGACAGCGACGAGGAAUCCAAGCCCGUUUCCUCCCGCAGCGGCAGCAAGUCGUCUCCCGCCAAGCCGGCCUCGGCGGAGCCCCCCCAGGCGGAGAGGCCGAGCGUCUCUCUGGACCUAGGGAGCAGGUCAAGCCUCCUCUCCUCGUCCUCCGCUCCAGCUGUGCCGUGGCUCAGCAGCGACAGGAACCAGCCCAAGGUGGUGGACACCGCCCAGUUCUUCAACAGCAGCAGCAGCAGUACGAGCAGAGCAAAGCCGCAGCAGAGUUCCUCGUUGUCGUUGGAGACCCAGCACAGCUACUCGUGGUACCAGAACGCCUCCGAGAGCGACCGGAUGCCGCUGGCUCAGACCACCACCCUGAAGACCGGUUCCAAAGCCGAGCCCACCUACGACGACUGGGAUGCCAUCGUGGGCCUCCGUCCUCCCGAGCCCAUCCAGGAACCUCGUAACCCCGCUACGUUGUCGUGGACGACGGCUGGAACUGCCUCGAGCCGCCGCGACCCGGUGCCGACCCGGUAUGAGAAGCCCCCUUCCCCUCCACGGCUCCAGAGCCUCAUGGAGAGCGACGACCUAGUGGACGACUCGGACUUCCUUUUUGAGUCUACAAACUACUCCCAGACGUCCACCACCACCACCUCCUCCACCUCCUCUUCCUCCUCCUCUUCGUCACUUGUAAGAAACACUAACUGUCGGACGUACAGGAGGCCAAACAAAGGCAAGGCCUCGGACUCCAGCGCCUUCAACAGCACCGUUUUUGGUGCAGAUCUUCCCAAAUCCACAUCCGACGGCAGUAAUAAGACGACAGGCGGCGGCGGUGGUGGCGGCGCUAGAGGCGGAGGCAGCGGAGGAGGGCGAGGCAGGACGAGAGAUUACACGGUGCUUCACCCUUCCUCCGUGUCCAUGUGUAACGUCACCAUCCAGGAGCGAGGCGUGGAGGAGUAUAGCAGCGACGCGCAGCCCUCUAGCGGUAGCAGCAGCAGCGCCGGUUCUGGCAGUACGACGGAGCUCGGAGAGGCGGGAUGGCAGCGGAAGAAGACGGAGCAGCAAAACACAAGGUUCAGGCCGACUCAGCCCAAAUCAAAGAAGGACAGUAAGCUGGAGCUGUUCGGUUUCGAUGACGCCGACCCCCGCCAGGAGAACAGCUCCGACAACGCCGACGGUGGCGGCGGCUCCAAUUACAAGAUCAAAUACUUCGGCUUCGACGACAUGAGCGACAGCGACGGCGCCGACGACGACGGCGACAACAACAACAUGCCCAAACAGAGGAGGAAGGCCAAGAAGGUGAUGAGCGUGGAGGAGGAAACGACACCGGUCAACGACUCGCCCGACCCCAUCGAGAGGUUCGACAGUUUCGAGAAGCCCGAGAGGCCCGAGAGGUUCGAGAGGCGGGAAAAACCCACGGCCAGGGAGAGCAAGAAGAACUCUGAGAGGCUGGACAGCAGGAUGAGAAUACACACAGACGUCUUGGACUUCUCGGAGGAAGGUCUCAGGGUUGUGGCCGGAGCUACCAGGAGGCCGCCUCAGGGCAAGACGCAGGCGGAGAAGAACCCCGACUCCUUCAGGAGGAUCUUUAGUGCACACAAGAAGUCUCCAACCAAAGCCGUGUACAACGCCCGACACUGGACGGUGGACAGCGAGGAGCCGCCUCCAACUGUCUUCUCACGAUCACAGACAGCUCCUGCGGCGGCGGCCUCGGCUUCGGCUUCGGCAUCGGCCUCGGCAACGGCAGGAGGUUCGAGUAAGGAGCUGACCGAUGCUCAGAAGGACAACGGUCUAUUUAAGACUCCUCCACCUCCUCCUAAAGUCACCAAGUGUGUCAUUCCCACCAAUCUCUACCAGGACACCGUCACCACACUCAAAUGCCGCAAGGAGCACAAAGAGCUGUAUACAGUCGUCCAGCAUGUGAAGCACUUCAACGACGUGGUGGAGUUCGGAGAGAACCAGGAGUUUACCGACGACUUCGAGUAUCUGGCUACGGGUCUGAAGAGCGGUCAACCUCUCAACACGCGCUGCCUUAGUGUGAUCAGCCUGGCUACGCGCUGCGCCAUGCCCAGCUUCAGGAUGCACCUCAGGGCCAGAGGGAAGGUGGCUCAAGUCUUCAAAACACUCAAUGACGCUCCGCAGCACCCGAACCUGGCUCUGUGCACAGCGUCUCUGAUGUACAUCCUCAGCAGAGACCGGCUCAACAUGGACCUGGACCGGUCCUGUCUGGACCUGAUGAUCCGGCUGCUGGAGGACCAGGACCAGGCGGCCGUGUGCGUGAUCGUAGACUCCACCGCGCAGCUGAGCGACAGAGAGAUCGCCAAGAUGAAGGAGAAGAUCCGAAAGCUCUGCGACACCGUUCACAACAAGCAUCUGGACCUGCAGAACAUCACGACGGGACAUUUAGCCAUGGAGACGUUACUGUCUCUGACUUCGAAGCGAGCAGGAGACUGGUUCAAAGAGGAGCUGCGGCUACUGGGAGGACUGGACCACAUAGUAGAUAAAGUGAAGGAGUGUGUUGAUAAUCUGAACCAGGAGGAUGAUAAGGAGAAGCUGGUGUCGUCUCUGUGGGGAGCUGAGAGAUGUUUACGAGUGCUGGAGAGCGUGACCGUCCACAACCCAGAGAACCAGAGCUACUUGAUCGCCUACAAAGACUCGUCGCUUAUCGCCUCCAGCGCAAAAGGGUUGAGCAGGUGUGAGUCGAUGAUCCAGCGUUACAGCAGACAGCUGAACACUGACUCUCGAGCCGUGGUGGGAAAAGCUGUAGAGAACUGUAUGAGAGCCAUCAUCGGAGUCCUGCUCAACCUGACGCAUGAUAACGAGUGGGGCAGCACAAAGACAGGAGAGCAGGAGGAUUUAAUCGUCACGGCUCUGAACUGUGUUCUCAAAGUCCCCCAGUAUCUACCACAGGAGCAGAGGUUCGACAUCCGAGUCCUGGGUCUCGGCCUGCUGAUCAACCUGGUGGAGUACAGCGCCAGGAACAGGUACGGCCUCAUGGAGAUGGAGAUGGAGGGAGGUCAGGGUCCCUGCGACUCCACCGUCCUGCUCAACCCUCCGCACCUGGAAAUAGCCAGCACCGGCCCGCUGAGCGCCAUCGCUGCACUUGUACAG